UUCACACGCUCUUUGAUUUACAAAGACGCACAAAUGUCUUUGGAACGAAAGAUCAUAUUUGAUCAUAUCAUAUCUGAGUUUCAUGUGCUGUAAAUAACUAUGUACAUUUCAUUGAUUGCCAUCAUUGCCAUCGCAGUUUAACCUGAAAAGGUUAAAGUACAUUAGUGAGAAAACUGUCCAACUAUCCAAACAUGAAGGUCCUGAACAGAGACGAGCUGCAGAUCGCUGAAGGAGUUCUGCUCAAACACUUACCGAAGAGUUAUAAGGUGUACGGUUUCCUGUUCGGUAUCAACAGGAACAAACCGACUACACUGGAAGUUGUGGUCGAUACGUGGCCUGAUUUUAAAGUUAUCAUCUGCAGACCGGACCCCGAGAACAAGCGUGCCCUGAAUUUCAUGAAAAAGAUGGCAUACUACAGCAUGGAUGAACAGAGUUUGAGGGAAAUGCUGACAGACGAGAAUGCUGUUGAUUGGAGCACUUAUUUCUCGAUAGGAGGGCUUGAUGUUUCCCAUGCACCAAUGCUUAAACAAGUGUCUUCUGACAGAAGAGUGAACCACAAAGUCUAUACUUCGGUGCAUCUUCUGUAUUUGCCAGACACCAACCAUCUCCACAUGCCAGUGUAUGACAGUGAGCUUGAGUCGAGGAUUUCAUCUCUUAACAUUUCCCACGUUGACUUGGUGAAUAAAACCUGGAAGUUUGGAGGAGAUGAGAAGGGUUACAGGACCAUUGAAAACCUCAUCAGUAACUUCCCAUCAUGCUGCAUCACAGAUGGCCAGGGUCAGCCCGUGUCCUGGAUACUCGUGUAUGAUUACUGUGCUCUGGGAAUCUUGUAUACGCUGCCAGAGCACAGAGGGAAAGGCCUAGCCAAAAUCCUGAUUAGCAUUUUGGCCAAGAAACUCCAUGCUGAGGGUUACCCAGUGUACUGCUACAUAGAAGAAGACAAUGUGCUGUCCUACAAACUCUUUAGAAACAUAGGCUUCAUUGAGGAUCCUUCUUACAGGGCUGCAUGGUUUGAGUUCAAUUUUUCAGAUUAGAUUCAAGAGCUUUUAAAUGUACGUCCAACAUUUUUAUCAGGUCGCGUUUUCUACAUUUAUAAAAAUAGAAUUCAGAUGAAUGCAACCCAAAUAAAAAGUACAUUAUUAGCGUUUUUAUUCUUUUUUUGUCUCUUAUUUAUAAAAAGUGUGAUCACUUCCAGUAAAAAUUAAAGAGUAAGUGAAGUAGACGUUGAUUGACAAAAAUAAUACAAACGUAGCAGUCCGAGACUGCGUACCACAGAUAAGGCUGAUAAUUCAUGCGUGUUCUGAGUGUCUGGAUCCAGUAGGAUCCACAUCUGGAUAUGAAUGAGUAUGUGAUUUCUUGGAGAAGACACUGUUUCCUUGGGGCUUGCUUUUCGGUCAAGCUAACUUCUCCCAAUUUCAUUUUGAUAUAUUUGUCAAAAUAUGGUGUGAAAUGUCCAGUUUCCCCCUAUUUCAGAAUAGUAAAGAACCUUUCCACAACUUUCUGGAUCAACUCUAAAAGUAAUCUUCUCUAAGCAGGCUCAGUCCCCACCAUUGAUAACUUUUUGCUAAGAAACAAUCAAAUCAAUCACAUUACCUGCACGACAGAGAUAAUGAUGUAAACUUUUGACAACAUUAAAGCAGUUCAAGGAAAAGUUUAAAUAAAACCGAGCUGCACUGAUUUGUACUCAGUAGCUUCAUAUUGUUCAUUAAGCUGCUUUCUUUAAGGGGGUCACCACACCGGAUCAUUAACCUCAAUCCGAGCUUUGGCCACUUUGUUAUGGAAUUAUCCUGAUCUGCAUAAAGACUUUCUUCCUGGGUUCCUGACACAACCCUUUGCAUUUAUCUGGCUAAAUCAGCUGUGAAUAAUAGAAAACAACUAACGUUAUAAUUAAGUACAAACAUUUCAAAAUGAAGCUAAUAUGCUUGUAAAAAUGGGGACAGUUUAGUACUUCAUUAAAAACUGAGGGGACCAAAUAAAGCUAGCUGGUCUGUGUAACCUAGACAUGAGGUAGGCAAGACUUGAGGAACCAAUUAAUGUUCAUAUCUGAGUAAAUAUGAGACAGUUAUGUCAUCUGCUGAUGAGGACAGCUGAGUGGGGUUAAUUAUGUUAUAAGAGGAGUAAUGAGGUGGAAGAAACUUAUUUUAUUUGGCAGCUUUAUAAGCCAAAGCAGGGUCACCAAAUUCAAUAAGGUGACCCAAUAAAAUGAUUCCCCAGGCAAUGAGUGCUUACAAUCAAACAUCACAGGAGCCAAAAGAUUUAACAAAAAGAACAAUGAAAGUCGCUCUUGGUGUUUGUUGGCUUGUAUAACAAUGAUUAGCAAAAGUGUAUCCCUCACAACUUCUCCUUUUCUUCUGCUGUGCAAUAAAGAAGUGGUCUAUUGUCGGAUGUCUUUUCCACGUACGUGAGGCGCAUGGUUCUCCAAAGUAAAAGACAUUUAAUUGA